GCCAAAUUCUAAAAUCGUCAAACGGACGCCAUGGUUACUCCAAAGAACCUAUCAAAUACCAGAAAUAUCGAGACCCCUUAAAACCUUCCCAAUUUUUUUUCCCUUUCGCAUCUUCACAGCGGAAACGAUAACUCCAGAGCUCUCCCUGCUGAUAAGCCGAUAACUUCAACCAUGGCGUCUAUGUCACUGGAGGUGGCUACCACCUUCCUGUCCUUCGCUUCUCGCCACCAAACUCCCCUUUUCAGAGCCCGCACCAGUCCCCUUCUUCCAUUCGUAGCUAAAUUACCCAAGUCCUCAUCUACCAUCCGCUCCUCCCACUCCUCGCCCGCUCCUUUCCGUUUCUCCAUCAGACCUUCUGACGCCGGACGCCGAAGGUUCUCCUCCAAAGCCGCCGCCGCCACUACCGCCUCUCCCUAUAGCGAGGAGUCCGAUGUCACCACGAAAAUCCCUCCCGAUGAUCGCAUUCCGGCCACCAUCAUUACUGGGUUUUUGGGUUCUGGCAAGACGACUUUGCUCAAUCAUAUCUUGACCGGAGAACAUGGCAAGCGCAUAGCAGUGAUUGAGAACGAGUACGGUGAAGUUGACAUAGAUGGCUCUCUAGUUGCUGCCAAGACGACUGGAGCAGAGGACAUAGUCAUGUUGAACAAUGGUUGUUUGUGCUGUACAGUAAGGGGCGACCUCGUGAGAAUGAUUGCGGAACUGGUUAAUAAGAAGAAAGGAAAAUUCGACCAUAUUGUGAUAGAGACUACUGGGUUGGCCAAUCCAGCUCCAAUCAUUCAGACAUUCUAUGCAGAGGAUCAAGUUUUUAAUGAUGUCAAGUUGGAUGGUGUUGUCACUUUGGUUGAUGCUAAACAUGCUACCCUUCAUCUGGAUGAGGUCAAGCCAAAGGGGAUUGUCAAUGAAGCUGUUGAGCAAAUUGCAUAUGCUGACAGGAUCAUUGUUAACAAGACUGAUCUUGUUGGAGAACAAGGCAUUGCUUCCCUGGUUCAGAGAAUAAGGAGUAUUAAUGGCAUGGCUGAGAUGAAGAGGACUCAAUUUGGACAAGUUGACUUGGAUUAUGUACUAGGGAUCGGAGGCUUUGAUUUAGAGAGGUCUUCUUCUUCGAUUGAAAGUGCAGUCGGUGCAGAUACAAAAGAAAGUGAUGAUCAUGACCACCACCAUCAUCAUGAUGAACAUGAUCAUCAUCACCAUGAGCAUGAGCACAAGCACGAACAUCAUGAUGGUCAUCACCACGCUCACGAUCACACUCAUGAUCCUGGUGUUUCUUCUAUGAGCAUAGUUUGCGAGGGGCUCCUAGACCUAGAGAAGGCUAACAUGUGGUUGGGUACAUUGCUGAUGGAAAAAAGUGAGGACAUAUACAGGAUGAAAGGGCUUUUAUCUGUCGAGGGCAUGGAUGAGAGAUUUGUGUUUCAGGGUGUUCAUGACAUCUUCCAAGGCUCACCGGAUAGGAAAUGGGGGCAGGACGAACCGAGGAUUAACAAGAUUGUUUUCAUUGGGAAGAACUUGGACAAAGAGGGGAUUGAGAAGGGCUUCCGCGACUGUUUACUGUAAUUGCUGAUAUAACCUGGACGCCAUGUCCUUUAUUUUCUUUUUGCCGCUUACUACUAUCAGUCUUUACCAUCCCACCAUGAUCAUGAAUGGUGGAAAUUGUAGACCUCACCGUUUGUUUCCGAGAGUUGCCUGAAACCAGUGCUAGUCACCAACUUCACAGUUACAGCUUAUAGCAAGGAGUCAACUGGGUUUGUGUGGAGGAAUUGGAAUCCUUUGUUCAGUUGAUCAAGGAGAUUAUAAACAACUGAUAUUCAGCUUGUGGGUUUUGCCUCUUUGGUAUCAUCUCCACUUCCCUCUUUGCCUUUGCAUUGUUUUCCUAUUGAACAAUGAACUAAUGCUUGUUCUGCUCUUAAACUGGGACUAUAUAACUUUCCAAAAGUAGAUUUGGAGCCGAACAAUUUUCUUAUUUUCAGCUCUACUCGAAUGC